GCGGUGCUCGGGGCGGCGGGAGUCCUGCCUGGCGGGGCGUGGAGGCUUCACGGCCGACGUCCUUCCCGUCCUCCUUCCCGCCGGCUCCGGACACCUGAGUUACAGGUGACUGAAUUUUCAAGCUGCAGAAUGCAUAGCACCUUACAAGGUUGGCCAUGAUGAGCUCCCCACAUAUGAAGGAAGCUAAAGUGCCGGUUGUUCAAUUUGUGGGCGAUGAUGAUGUCCUCAAUCACAUUUUCGAUAGAGAAGGAGGAACUAAAAUAAAAAAGGAGAAAGCUCAGCUUUUGGUCAAUCCUCAGAAAAUAAUAAAGAAGCCAGAAUGUGAACUGGAGAAGAGUGACCAGGAAGUCCUAAAGGAUCAGAACUACGUGGAAGUUUUGGGAAGAAAUAUUCAAGAAUCCUUGAAAAAUGGCUCUGUUGUACAUGGGAAUAAAGUUUAUUCUUUUCAGUCCAGAAAACAUUCUGAAGAAAUGACCAAAUUAGCUUUAGAACUAGCAAAAACGCCAAGAAAAGUUGUUCCGGUUGACUCAAAGAAUGAUCCUGAAGUUAAGAAGAACGUCCCUCGGCAGAGCAAGGGGCGCUCUACUUCAGAGAAAGUUCAGCAGGAGAACAAUAGCAAAACUGAAUUCCUGUCAACACCACCUCGUAGUCUAAGAAAAAGAAUAAUAGUGCCCGCGUCUCACUGCGACACCGAGAGUGAGUACUCCGCCUCCAGCUCGGAGGAUGACAGAGAAGAGGACACUGCUGCCAUCGGGCUGUCCCAAAAGGGCCGAGCUCAGAGCAGAGGACCCCCAGCUCCUGCUCCCAAGGGGACGCCGCCUAAGAAGAUGAAAAGAGACAAAGCCAGUGACUUGGUAGAAGAAUAUUUUGAAGCCCACAGCAGUUCAAAAGUUUUAACGUCUGACAGAACCCUGCAGAAGCUGAGGAGAGCUAAAGUGGAUCAGAAAACUCUGCGUAAUUUAUUGAGCAAAUUUUCACCUUCCUUUUCUGCUGAAAUUGAACAGUUAAAUCAACAACAUGAGAAGUUGUUUCACAAAUGGAUGCUCCAGCUACACCUCGGGUUCAACAUUGUGCUUUAUGGCUUGGGGUCCAAGAGAGACUUAUUAGAAAAGUUUCGAACCACCAUGCUUCAGGAUUCCGUUCACCUUGUCAUCAACGGCUUCUUUCCUGGGAUCAGUGUGAAAUCGAUCCUGAAUUCUAUAACUGAAGAUGUCCUCGGUCAUAUGGGUACUUUCCAGAGUGUUCCGGAUCAGCGAGACUGGAUAAUAAACAAGUUUAAAGAAGGUAACCUGAAGGGAAUUUUCAGGCUACUUAUAAAGUUCCAACUGGAUAACCAGGACAGCCCCUCCUACACAGGACUUUCUUUUCAGGACUUUUACCAGCAGUGUCGCGAGGCCUUCCUUGUUAACAGCGAUCUCACUCUCCGGGCCCAGCUGACUGAGUUCAGGGAUCACAAGCUUAUAAGAACGAAGAAGGGAACUGAUGGUGUAGAAUAUUUAUUAAUUCCUGUUGACAGCGGAACAUUGGCUGAUUUCCUGGAGAAGGAAGAGGAGGAGGCUUAGACUGCCUCCUUUAGGUGGAAGAGUCUUGUACCCCAGCUGCCGCUCUUAGUAAGAAUGCUGGUUUACGUCUAGCACUAGAUCAUUCUGUCCAGCACACGAGAUUGACUAUUGAAGGCUAUUGAAGGGACAGAUCAUCAACUUUGAACUUUGAUUAGGCUGGCUGGAUUACUGUCUCUAAUAAGGUGCGGUGUCAUCGAGUUGGGGGGAAAUGUGCCUUUAAUUUAUUACCUCUCUGGAGACUUGUUGCUGGAUGAACAGUGUGCUCAGGGAUUAUUUGGAACUGGAUGUUUUGGAUUAUUUUAUACUGAAUGCUAUCCCUAGUUUUCCAGGGCCGUUUAACGCUCCCUGAGCUGAAUUCCUACAAGUGCACUUGUUUCAGAUGGGAAAGCACAAGAUGGGGUCAUACAGAGCUCGUCAGGAGGGCGGGCUUCACCUGCUUCCUCUGAAGUGAUAAAGGUAUCCAGUGGGCUGAGAUGACCUGCUACACAUGCCUGCGACAGAUGGGACUGUUAAACCCAGGUGGUGGGAGAAGUGAAAGGAACCGAUAGGGCGUGUGCCAACCAACAAAGCAUAUUUAGUUCAAUUAGUAUCAACCAUCACCUUGAUUUUAUGAUACAAACGGGAAACCAGGCUUAAAAAUAAAAUCCCAAUUUACACGUUAAUAAUUGUUCUCAGGACAGUAGAAGAUAAAAACAUUUCACUAUUCUUGUACAUUGACAGUUUUUAUUUUCUUAAACAGCACGCAGGCACAGCUGGCACACGCCUGUAACCCACUGUCAGGACUCAGAGGCAGGCAGACUGCUUCUUUCCUUCCCACACAACAGUAGCAAGACGUGAGCUCACAUUUGUGAUCCCAACACUACCAGGGGAGGCAGGAGGAAGCACGAGUUGUAGGUCAGUCUGAGCCACAGCGAUGCCUGCUUCAGAAAACAGCAGCCGCUAAAUAAAUACAGUGAUCACAUGAGACUUGCUGGUUUGCACUUUGCUUUCUGUGGUGUGUGUGUGCAUGCAUGCAUGCGUGCGUGUGUGCUUCUGUGCAGAGGCCAGAGUAAGAUGCUAAGUGUCUUUUACUUUCUGCCUUAUUACCUUGAGACAAGGUCUCAGUGAACCAGAGGCUCCUUUUAGGCUAGAUGGGCUGCCAUGAGUCAGCUGUCUCUGCCUGCCAGUGCAGCUAGGGCACCGUAGACAUGCCCAGAGUUCUGCAUCGGAGCUGGGGUUCAAAUUCAGCUCCUCAUGUUCUUUUUUUUACUAGAUGUUACUAAUAAUAAAUAAAAGGCCAGAGUGUAUAGUCCUUUUAUAAUGCUAGUUGUUUUGAAGAGUUUGAAAAGGAUUCUGAGUGCAUCUUACAGCUCUCGUGGGCACAAUGGCAUAUUAACUAUCUACUCAUUUCCCUGAGCAGCUCUGUUCCUUCCUGUCUAGGAGGUGUAGGAACUUGAAGUUAUAAUUCCUGCCUGAUUUGCUUCUGGGCUGGAGGUGUAAUUCCCCAGGCGAACUCUUUUCUUGUUUUUUUUUUUUUGUUUUUUUUUUUUUUUGUUUUUAAAAUUUUUAGGCUAGCAUGCAGAGGUGUUGGAUUCCUUAUGGCAUUUCCAUAUGUAUGUGUGUAUGUGUGUAUGUAUGUAUAUGUGUGUACGUGUGUAUGUAUAUGUGUAUACACACACAUUUCCAUAUAUGUAUAAAUCAUUGUACUUGGUCCUCCUUGAUUCUCUCCCUCUUCUGCUUUAUUAUCUCAUGCAUCCCAUUACCCUCCUUGUCCUUAAAAAUCUCUUCAUCUUGUCUCUUCCCCUUCUGGUUUUAUGACCUGCAUGUGCACAAGCACGCACACACACAUACACUCACGCACACACACACUCUAGGUUCUUCUAAGAGAGGGCAUGAAGAAUGUGUCUUUCUGCAUCUGGCUUGUAGAACACCCGCAGGAAAUGCUGUGUGACAAUCACUACUUCUGAGUGUUGAACACCAUUAAUCAGCAACAAAACUACAAGUCACUUUGGAGAUCAGUUAGAACACGUGACCUUCCAUUCAUAAUGUGGAACACAGUUCAAGAAUACAGCUGUACACGGGUGGUGGUGGCGCACGUCUUUAAUCCCAGCACUCGGGAGGCAGAGGCAGGUGGAUCUCUGUGAGUUCCAGGCCAGCCUGGUCUAUAAGAGCUAGUUCCAGGACAGCUAGGAUUGUUUAGACAGACAGACAGACAGAGAAUGUGAGAAUAGAGUUGUACAAGGGGAAUUCUGAGUGCUUGUGAGAAUACUUCAAUAAAACAAGAAUCAGGUUUCUUUUGCUUGUUUUUUUUUCUUUUUUUUUUCUUUU